AUGGCGGCUGCAGAUAUAAAAGCUCCGCUUCCAGGCUUCAGCACUGAAAGCUUAAUAGGUGAAGACUGUGAUCAGAGCCCUCCACUGCUCCCCAGUCCAGUUUCUGCAGGUUUAAGCAAGCCAUCCAUCUACUUUCUCAACAUGUGCCGGGGUUUAGCUGCACUGCCUGCUAGCUGCUUGGAAAGAGCCAAGGAGUUUAAAACACGUUUGGGGAUUCUGCUUCAUAAACCAGAGUUUGGACAUAAAAUUGGGAACCUCAGCUGGGGCACCAAACAAAAAUAUUCUUUGGAAGAAGCACUCGGAUGGAAGGAGUCCUUUGAUCAACUGCUGAGAAGCAGAAGUGGCAUGGCAGCGUUCCAUGGAUUUCUUAAAACGGAAUUUAGUGAAGAAAAUCUGGAGUUUUGGCUGGCCUGUGAGGAAUAUAAGAAAAUCCCCUCCAAAGCAAAACUAGCAGCCAAAGCCAACAGGAUCUUUGAGGAUUUUGUUCAAAAUGAAGCCCCCAGAGAGGUAAAUCUUGACCACGAAACUAGGGACGUAACCAGAAGGAACCUUACUGUUGCCACGUCUACGUGCUUUGAAGAAGCACAAGCAAAAACAUACCUCUUGAUGGAGAAGGACUCCUAUCCCAGAUUUCUGAAAUCUGCUUAUUACAGAGACCUGAUUGAACAAGCAACUGGCCACAGAACGGGCAAGCCUGCACACACCUGAGCCCAUCCCUUGUCAUCAGCUGGAACUGUGUUGGGGAACAGAGACACAGAAUGAAACUGGAGAGGCUGAAUUCCAAAUGGAAGGUGCUAAAAACAUUUCAGUUGCAGAGCUCUGGUUGGGAUCUUUUUCCUGGCCAGGAUGCUUGGGACCUCAAAUGCUUCCAUGCACCCAGAAGCUCUACCAAACACAGACCUUCUCUAGCAUUCCAGAAAAGAGGCGGUGAGUUGAAAAAAUGGGAGGGCUUGUGAAAAAUGUUGGAGAAAUUUGUGCAAGGAGAAGUCUGAUCUCCAGAUAGGAGGAGGAAUGCAACAGGAUUAUAGAAAGGGAAUGAGAAAUACGUGGAAAAGCUGGAUUUCAAUUCUUUCCUAAAACAUUUACCAUUUUUGGAAAGAUCUCUGUGCAUUCAUCUGUUUGAACCAGUGAAAGCCUCCAUCUACUCUCAGAAGCUAGUCUCUGCACCUAUAAACACAGGCCAAAAACUGUACAUAGCACAACUGUCAUAUCUUGUACACACAGCACACCCUAGAGUGAAAUUUCCACCCACUGCAUGUCAGCCUCAGAGGCCUUCAGUUCUCUGCAUGAUUGUACAGUGAUCAGCUUGAUGUUCCAGAGCUUUGCAUCUGAACAGUUUUGCAUUUAUACCCAAGAGGAAGGCUGUGUCUGCUUCGCUCCAACUACAUCAUACAUCUCAGUCUUCUGCCAUCUUGGACGAACUUCCUUCCAGAGACAUUUGCAAGAAGACCUUGUUGUUUUGUUUAUCUUUGAACAUUAUAUGCAACCUUGGGAGAUGUGCCCUGUUUUUUAAUUAUUUAUAUUUAUUAUUGUCAUUUGAUUGUUAUUUAUUGUGAUGGGGCAUUAGAUAAGCACAGCACUUUAGAAGUAAGUGCUAUGGAUGACUCUUUGCUACAAGGAGCCUGCCACUGAAAGUGGGCCUUUUGGCCACGUUCAUAGCACUUACAGAAUAUACUAAUAGGGGACAUUUACAGAGAGAUUUUUUAAAAGAGGGAGACAGGCAAGACCAACUUUGCAAAUAUGUCCCUCAGAACUGUUAGUUUACCCCACAACUUUAUAUGAACAUGCUGGUACAUAUAUUUAACCAUUUAAAGCUCAUUUGAUAGCCUGAAUGUGGGGGGAAAAAGGGGACAGAUUUUCCAGUGAACAAUUUCCUGCCUGCUUUGUGGAGAUGAUUCUUCUCAUCACUGUUGAGUUGGCUGGUGUAAAACUCAAAUUCCAGGGCUUCAAUUCACAAAUCACUUGUUGAACAUUAGAUUCAAUGAAAGUUGAAAAUAAAAUGUAACCGGUAGGA